AUGACUCCCCUGAACGCUGAACGCCAGCCCCAUCCAAAAUGUUUGGAAGAGACCCGAGUGAACCUUCUCGAAUUGAUCUACGGAUUGUUGGACAAGCGAGAGAUGAGCCAGAUCAUUUGGCUGCAUGGCACAGCAUGCGUCGGGAAGUCUGCCGUGACAUUCACUGUGGCCGAAAGGAUGAAAGGUCUGAAAAUGACAGAGGAGACGAAAACCGAAACAAGGCUCGCUGUAAGCCGAUCGGCUUAUGCAUCACGUCACAUGACACUUUCCCCAUAUAUAUAUGUUGCUUUCUGUAUUACUUGA